GGUGCGUCCUCCAAAGAGGCGCGUUAAUCGCGCGCGUCAAAAUCGCGAUCUAUCGUGACGACGAGAGAGAGAGAGAGAGAGAGAGGACAAAAAAAAUUCACUUCGACGACGACGACGACGACGUCAUCGUCGCGAGGCCGCGUCGUACGGGAUACCGACUGACAACACGUCCGGAGAAACUCCCGAGAUCGGAGGAGGUUCGAUCGCGCCGUGUUUAGCGAACGAUGUAGGCGAGGCAUCCUCUCUUUCUCGUCUUCUAAACGACCACACGGUUUCUCUCCGCCACCGUCGCGAGCUUACGCAACAUAACCUUCUCGGCCGCAAAAACAGUCAACGACAGAUUUCCGCUGCGUGGACGUGUGUACUUCUGUCCGUUCGCAAAAUUUUUAGUGUUUACACUUGAGGGUAUGAAGAGCAACUUACACUAUAAUAACUGUGUUGACAAAUUACCUGGUGCUAGUUAACCUGAUUUUCAUUAUGGAAAAUCAAGGCUACCAUCAUCAAACCCUUUCGACCCAUCAGUCUUUCUGGAAGAAGAAUACACGUGCUGUGCCAGGAAGGCCAAGCCUGAAGCAGGACAUUAGACACCAUAAGUUCAAUUCCACAGCGAUUGGAUCUAGCAAUCUGACUAAUAUUGCUAAUAGUAGUGGUAGUACAGGCGGAGGCUCCACUUCUUUUCAAGAUUUUCAGGAGAGCGUAGAUGAUGCAUGGGAUUCGGGAGAUGAUGAAUUCUGCACAGUCUCGGAUGUAAAGAUAUCGAAGAAAGUCAGCCAGUCAGCAGCUCUUAGUGUCAUCAACAAUCACAGAUCUAGCAAUAAGUGUUCACAGCUGCUACAGGCAAAUGCGAAAGUAGUUCAACAGGAAAUUAUUCCUGAAGAGAAAAAAGCAGAGGCUCUUCAGAGAUUAGCUGUGCAGCCGCUACAUUUACGCAAUGCAAAUCUGCAGUUACAAGUGAAUAAUAGCCAGCAUCCCAGUGAGAACAUAGAUCUGAAGUAUGGCGUAUCACCUCAGCACAAACCAACACAAUUCCCUGGUAGACCACAACCAUUGAGGCAAACAAAUGCUCCCAACAAAUUUUUUAUACCUUCGAAGGAGCAAGAUGGUGAAAGUAAAGUGGAUAAGUUUCAAUUACUUUUGGAAUCGACCGUUUUGAAUUUGGAUGAAUUAAGGCACUUGUCGUGGUCGGGUGUGCCUGCCAAAUUACGUUCCGUCACUUGGAGGUUGUUGUCUGAAUAUUUGCCAGCUAAUAUGGAACGUAGGCAACACGUAUUGGAGCGCAAACGGCUAGACUAUUGGAAUCUGGUCAAGCAGUAUUACGAUGUCGAACGGGACGAGGGCUUUCAAGAUACAUAUCGUCAGAUUCACAUUGAUAUUCCUAGAAUGUCACCGCUCAUCUCGCUAUUCCAGCAGACGACAGUGCAACUGAUAUUUGAAAGGAUAUUGUACAUUUGGGCAAUUAGACAUCCUGCAUCUGGUUAUGUUCAGGGUAUGAAUGAUCUUGUGACGCCCUUCUUCUUGGUCUUCUUGCAAGAGGCGCUACCAGUGCAGGCUUGGCAGGAUCUAGAAAAUUAUGACGUAGCAUCGCUGUCGAAAGAACAGCGCGAUAUCAUCGAAGCAGACAGCUUCUGGUGUCUGUCAAAAUUCUUAGAUGGUAUACAAGACAAUUAUAUAUUUGCUCAAUUGGGAAUUCAGCACAAAGUAAAUCAACUGAAGGAACUGAUACAGAGAAUCGAUGCACCGUUGCAUCAACAUUUACAUCAGCAUGGAGUGGAUUAUCUACAGUUCUCUUUUCGGUGGAUGAACAAUUUACUGACCAGAGAAAUCCCGCUUCACUGUACCAUUCGAUUGUGGGAUACUUAUCUGGCAGAGUCUGAUAGAUUCGCAUCGUUUCAGCUCUACGUGUGCGCGGCCUUUCUCCUACUUUGGAGACGACAUUUACUCCUGCAACCUGAUUUUCAAGGGCUGAUGUUAAUGCUACAAAACCUGCCUACGCAAAACUGGACGGAUUCGGAAAUCGGCAUGUUGGUAGCCGAAGCGUACAAAUUAAAAUACGCAUUCGCCGACGCGCCAAAUCACCUGCAAGCUCACGAUACUACGGCUAGGUGACCAUUUUCAGUUAACGAAUUUUGGUUAAUGUUAUUAUGAAUAUAGUGGCCAA